AUGGAUCUGGUGGAAUUUGGCCUUCAGAGUCUCUUUAAACGAGCUAAAGACUCGGCCCGGCAGAGUCAGCCCGUCUACCCCGGCCUGUCCCCCUGUGGAUUCAGGCAGUCCUACUCCUCCAACCUCUCCAGCUCCUCCUCCUACCCCAGGUUCUCUCACCCUCUGAUGCUCGGCCCGUCAGGCAUGCAUCCUACAGGGAUCCCCCACCCAGCUAUAGUGCCCCCCACAGGCAAACAGGAGCACGACCAGUACGACCGGGGGAUGUACAUGAAGUCACAUGUGGAGGUCAAACGCGAGAAGGAGCCGAAGAAGCCGGUGAUAAAGAAACCUCUGAACGCCUUCAUGCUCUACAUGAAGGAGAUGAGGGCAAAGGUCAUCGCUGAGUGCACGUUAAAGGAGAGCGCCGCCAUCAACCAGAUCCUGGGACGAAGGUGGCACGCACUGACCCGAGAGGAGCAGGCCAAAUACUACGAGCUGGCCCGUAAGGAGAGACAGCUUCACAUGCAGCUCUACCCGACCUGGUCUGCCAGAGACAACUACGAGGCGGGCCUUAGCGGGGUCGCAGGGGAAAAGAGUAAAGCUGAUUGGGGAAAGAAGAAGAGGAGAAAAAGGGAGAAACUGCAGGACUCCAACACAGACCCGGGCUCUCCUAAGAAAUGUCGGGCUCGCUUCGGCCUGAACCAACAGACGGACUGGUGCGGUCCCUGCAGGAGGAAAAAGAAGUGCAUUCGCUACCUUCAAGGAGGAGGCUGCCCCAGCCCAACUUCUUCAGAUUUAAGUGCGAUAGACUCUCCCCCCUCCCCAUCACACUCCCCCUCCCCUUCCCCCGCCCGCCCCCCCCGUCUCUACCAGCACCAGCACCAGCACCAGCGCCCGCUCUCCCCGGGCUGCUCCCCGCCGCUGCCGCCGCCCUGCUCCCCAUCAUCCACACGGCUCCCCCUGUCCCCGCCGGCACACACGCGCUCACACACGCGCUUACCCCCGCAGCAGUCUGCGGGCAAGCGCUGUGACCCGCACCAGCCCGCACACAAACACACACACACACACACACACCUGGAACUGUCCGGGAGGCAGACGCACAGCUCAGCAACGGCGCUGUCGGUCGCCAAGGCAGCGGGACUCUCCCUCAAAGUGCUCACAGAGACUCAGUGAUGGAGCGGCUCACAUCCCCAGGACCCCGGUGCAGUCAGCGCCCUGCAGAGCGGCGAAGAUCUACAUGCUCACCUGAACUCAUCAUCAUCAACACUCUGAUCCCUAUCAUCAACACUCUGAUCCCUGUCAUCAACACUCUGAUCCCUGUCAUCAACACUCUGAUCCCUAUCAUCAACACUCUGAUCCCUAUCAUCAACACUCUGAUCCCUAUCAUCAACACUCUGUGAUCAUAUCGAUUGAUUUUUAAAACCUCAGCAGGUCAUGGAGGCCUGAUCCCUCUCAGUCCGCCUCACAUCCUCAAUAAUGAUCAGUAUUCAUGUUGUCACCACGCCAGCUUCAGCUUCAGGAAGAUGAUCAGGUGUUCAUCAGUCACAUUGAUCCAGUUUGAUAUUCUGUGAUCACUUGAUGAUGAAGAACUUUAAAAUUAUUGUUUGGAAUUUGAAGAUGAGAGAAGAUUUGCAUCCAGAUGAAACCUUUCAAAUGUUAAACUCUGAUCAGUGAAUACGUUCUGACCGCUCUGAUCUGAGGACGUCCUUUAAGGUGAGAGGUUUGUUACAGCAGCCUCAGGGUUCAGUGUUACACAUUCAUCUAACUCCUAAUGUCAGGGUUCAUCAUCAUCAUCAUCAUCAGUCAGUCGCCUUCAUUGAGACCAAAACAAGGGGAGCAGAAACGCACAGUCAGCCCGUCCAGCAGACCCUCGGCUCCACAGAGAGGAAGAUCUGUUUUUAUGUUUUAAUCCAUUUCCAGAUAUUUCCCAUGUUCAUCAGAGAGAAUCCAAAGCCUCAAAGUACAGCAGAGCGAGCAUCUUAGACUACGAGUUACAUCUUUAUAUGGAGGCACUUUCAGGCAGUCCGUCUCUCUCUGCGUCAGUUACACGUCUUUGAUUCUUUGAGGUCAGUUUUUAUGGACAGAACACGUUUUCAUUUUGCAGCUCCGUAAACACAAUCUGAGACCAAAUGGGUACUAUACUAUGGUGUUGUAAAGUUUUAUAAAUGUUGGAGUUCCCUAUUAUAAUGAGACUUUUAUAUGUUUUCUGUAAAAAAAAAAAAAAAGAGAGAGAGAGAAAGUUAAAAAAAGUAGUUUGUACCUUUUCUUAAAGCAAUACGUUUGUUUGUUUGUUUGUUUGUUUGUUUGUUUGUUCUCCGGUCGUUCCUGCAGGAUCCUUUAUGUUCUCCGUCUGUGCAUGUUCUCAAUGUUAACACAAUCAUUCCACUAUAAAGGCUUUCAUUUCCUGUUUGCAGCUUCACUCACCUGCAGCACUGAGUUCACCUGCAGGCCGAGCUUUUUGUACAGCAGAACUGUUUCCCUCCAGCAGAGGGCGCUCUUGUGCUAGAACUGUUUUUUAUUUGAGAUCUGGUGAGUCCCGACCCCUCCAGGAUCUCUUCAUCUCUUCGCCUCAAAGCCUCCGAUGUAUUACUUGUUUUUGAUGUAUUAAAGUGUUUUGAAUAUCU